AUGUGCAGACUGGAAUCGGCAUCCACAGCGUUCCGUGCUACUCUAACCAAUCGACCAGUAGUAGGUGAAACACUAAAUGGACAGCGAUUAAUAGAAUUUCGUCUCGGCUCGGAAGCGGAGUCAGAACAAGGGCUCUCCGUAGCAGAGGCUGAGCUAAUGGUGCGCGCUGAGACGGCGCCUCGGGCGCGCCGUAUGCGAUACACCUUGUGGGCGUUCACGGUACACGGGAAUAGUACUGUUGGUGAAAUGGCCGGCGCGACAGAUGUGGGAGGCCCUACUGGCAGUGGCCGCGGCUGGCAAAGACUGGAUGUAACAACAGCGGCACGUCGCUGGGCAGCGGAUGGGGCACGCCAGCCGCUGCGACUAUUGCUUGAUUGCAGUGGAUGUGCUGGUCGCGUGCGGCUGAGAUUAGGUGGUGCUGCGUCAGCGCGACCGCUUUUGCGAUUGCGAUUGGCACCGCACGCACCUCGACGUCGCCGUGCGUUGGAUUGCGAUGCAGCUGCGCACGGGCGCUGUUGUCGACAGACAUACUAUGUGAGCUUCCGCGCGCUCGGCUGGGACGACUGGAUCGUUGCACCCGAGGGUUAUUACGCUAAUUACUGCCGUGGCGCGUGUGAGCCUUUCCUCAACUAUCACUCGCAGGUGGUAGAAGCCGCCCGCCUUGAGCGCGCCGCGUGCUGCGCCCCGGUACGUUUCUCUGCGCUCUCGCUGAUCUACUUCGGCGCCGACUCGAACAUCAUCAAACGCGACCUGCCCGAGAUGGUGGUUGAAGAGUGCGACUGCCCGUAG